GAUGUGGGGUUUCUCGUUUUCUGCUGAGCGUGUCUAUUCGCCCAGCGCUGUGACGAGAGCUCUUUCUCGAAGAUCAUCCGAUGCGCAUUACUAAUGAUGCCCUCACAUUCCAUUUACGUCAAGACAAAGCCGCGGGGAUAAAAGAAGCCCGGUCUGUCCAGCGAAAAUACGUACAGCGCUAAAUCCUUGGAGAUAGUUUUCCAGCACAGUCUGUCCACAAUGGCCCCUACCACCACGAAGCAAUGGAUUGUCCGCGACAAAGAAAAUGGCUUUGAUAGCCUCCACUUUUCGGAAGGACCUGUUCCCAAAGUCACGGAAAAUGACGUCCUCGUCAAGUUUCAUGCUGCGGCACUGAACUACCGCGACCUUAUCAUCCCAAAGGGAAUGUACCCCUUUCCCCUCAAUUUCCCCGUUGUGCCUGGCUCCGAUGGUGCUGGAGAAGUAGUGGAAGUUGGAUCCAAAGUCACGCAGUUCAAAAAGGGAGAUAAGGUUGUGACCUUGUUCAAUCAGGGACACCAAUAUGGCGAUAUCGACGCCUAUGCUACUACGACUGGUCUUGGCGGUGCCAUCGAUGGUACUCUGCGCCAGUACGGUGUCUUCAAUGAACAAGGACUGGUGAAGGCUCCCAAGAACCUGGACUACAUCGAAGCCAGCACUAUCACAUGUGCUGGCCUUACUGCGUGGAAUGGAUUAUUUGGUUUGAAACCUCUAAAGCCGGGCCAGACUGUCCUGGUACAGGGAUCUGGAGGCGUAAGCAUGUUCGCUCUGCAGUUUGCAAAAGUAUCUGGUGCAACUGUAAUUGCCACCACGUCCUCCCCAGCGAAGGCAGAAAAACUAAAGCAGCUCGGCGCGGACCACGUAAUCAACUACAAGACUGAUCCCAAUUGGGGUGAGACUGCCCGUAAACUCACAGGUGGCAUUGGUGUGGAUCAUAUCAUCGAAGUUGGCGGUCCGGGAACCCUCCGACAGAGCUUCAAGUGCAUCAAGCUCGAAGGUGUAAUUAGUGUUAUUGGCUUCCUCGCACAGUCUGAUCCAAAGGCCCAACCCACCGUUAUGGACACACUGAGCAGUCUCUGCACCGUGCGUGGGAUUUACGUGGGGAGCAAGGCUAUGAUGCAGGAUAUGAUUCGGGCAGUUGAGGCGAAUAACAUCCAUCCUGUGGUGGAUCAGAAGAUCUUCAGUCUGGAACAGACCAGGGACGCAUAUGAGUACAUGUGGGCCCAGAAGCACUUUGGAAAGCUUACCAUCAAGAUUGACUGAGGGUUUUCUUUGUCUGAAUGUGAACGAGUAGCUUCAAUAAUCUAGGGAAAUCCACAUAAUUUGAGCAAUUAAAUGAUACCAAGCUGUUUCCUGAGACGUG